AUGGCGACCAAGAUGACGGCCAUACGGCCUGGCUCCAGCGCCAUACGCUCAAUGUCCCGACGGAGACCUUCUUGCUCACAACCGUUUUCCUCCACCGCUCCAGCAGCAGCUCUCUCACCCUACCGAAAAUCAUCAAAACCCUCACCCGAGAACUCAAAAAGACCUGCGACGACCGCGGCUGCACAAGCACAAAGCAGCCGACCCAUUCCCAGUCCCGCCUUCAACCACGACUUCCGCCGACAUGAACCCUCGCCUCUCAUCAACAGGCAAGUGCCUGAGCUCGACGACUCCUUUGUCGGUCUCAGUGGCGGAGAAAUCUUCCACGAAAUGAUGCUGCGGCAAGGUGUCAAACAUAUCUUUGGCUACCCUGGCGGUGCCAUCCUCCCAGUUUUCGACGCCAUUUACAACUCGAAACACUUUGAAUUUAUCCUUCCCAAACACGAGCAGGGCGCGGGUCACAUGGCAGAGGGUUACGCUCGAGCCUCGGGCAAACCCGGUGUCGUCCUUGUGACUUCCGGUCCGGGCGCCACCAAUGUUAUAACACCUAUGCAAGAUGCCUUUUCAGACGGCACACCCAUGGUCGUGUUCUGCGGCCAGGUGGUAACGAGUGCCAUUGGCACCGACGCUUUCCAAGAAGCCGAUGUCGUCGGCAUAUCAAGACCCUGCACGAAAUGGAACGUCUUGGUCAAGAACGUGGCCGAACUGCCCAUGCGGAUAAAAGAGGCCUUCGAGAUCGCAACCUCGGGGCGUCCUGGUCCCGUCCUUGUCGACUUGCCCAAAGAUGUGACCGCCGGCAUUCUGCGGAGACCGAUACCCACACAAUCGACCCUGCCCGCGCAUCCCUCAGCCGCCACUUUGGCAGCAAGAGAUCUGUCGAAGAAACAGUUGGACCGCAGCAUCUCCCGCGUGGCUCAACUCAUUGACAUUGCGAAGAAACCGAUCAUCUAUGCUGGUCAGGGUAUUCUGGGCUCCCCUGAUGGGCCCAAGCUCUUGAAAGAACUGGCCGACAAGGCCAGCAUACCUGUAACCACGACCCUUCAAGGUCUCGGCGGGUUUGACGAGCUGGACCCCAAGGCCCUACACAUGCUCGGCAUGCACGGUUCUGCGUAUGCAAACAUGGCGAUGCAGGAAGCAGAUCUCAUCAUCGCCCUCGGCGCGCGGUUCGACGACCGUGUGACGCUCAGUGUCAGCAAGUUUGCACCGCAAGCAAAGGCCGCCGCCGCCGAAAAGCGAGGAGGCAUAGUGCACUUUGAAAUUAUGCCCAAGAACAUCAACAAGGUGGUCCAAGCGACGGAGGCAGUUGUGGGCGACGUAACCGCUAACCUGGCGGAACUGGUACCCAAGGUCAAGGCCGUGAAGGAGCGACCGGAAUGGUUCGCCCAGAUCAACGACUGGAAGGCCCGAUUCCCCUUGAACAGCUACGAGAAGGAAACGCCCGACGGCCUGAUCAAGCCGCAGACGUUGAUUGAGAAGCUGUCCAAUAUGACCGCCCACAAGAAGGACAAGACCAUCAUCUCGACUGGCGUGGGUCAGCAUCAGAUGUGGACGGCGCAGCAUUUCCGGUGGCGCCACCCGAGAACCAUGAUCACCUCGGGCGGUCUCGGGACCAUGGGCUACGGCCUACCUGCGGCGAUUGGCGCCAAAGUCGCCCAGCCGGACGCCCUGGUCGUGGACAUCGACGGCGACGCCUCAUUCAACAUGACGCUCACGGAGUUGAGCACGGCCAACCAAUUCCAGAUUGGCGUGAAAGUAAUUGUGCUGAACAACGAGGAACAAGGCAUGGUCACGCAGUGGCAGUCGCUCUUCUACGAGGACCGGUUCGCCCACACGCACCAGAAGAACCCCGAUUUCGUCAAGCUCGCAGAGGCCAUGGGCGUGCAGGCGCGCAGGUGUCUCAAGCCCGCCGACGUGGAGGCCAGCUUGAAGUGGUUGAUCGAGGAGUCUGGCGACGGGCCGGCCCUGCUCGAAGUCAUUACCGAUAAAAAAGUGCCCGUCCUGCCGAUGGUACCCGCCGGGAAGGGCCUGCAUGAGUUUUUGGUCUACGAUGAAGCCAAAGAAAAGGAGCGGAGAGCCGUCAUGAAGCAGCGGUCAGGCCAUUGA